GGAAGCAAAAGCUUGACAGGAAGAAGAAAGAAAAAAGUUUCCGGGCCUGCAAUCGGAGCCCCGCCCCCAUUUAUCUGUGCCAUCUUGAACAAAAACGGUGGACGAAAAGGCAGAGACAAAGAUGGGGCGACUUUUUUUCAAAGAGAGCUUUUAAAUAAUUCUUCUGUGAGCUUUCCUCUCAAUUGUACCGGAAGUAGAGCUUCGCGGACGAACAGCAAGCCACACCCGGCAAUGCCGCUAAGCUAACGUUAGCAGCUCCCCACCUAGCCAGGCUAAGCUAACGUUUAGUUAGCGUUGAAAGUUUCCACUCGUCCCCACUGAAAUACACUUGAGUUAUUUAUUGCAUUUUCGUGUACUUGUGAGCUCGGGAAGAGAUGAGCAAAUGUCGUGUGGAUGUCCCGCCGCUGCCACUAUGAGAACACAAGCUCGUUAGCUCCACUGCUAAGCGCUUGUUUUUCGUUCCACAGCGGAACUACAGGAAGACGCGGCCCUGGCCAUGCCCUCGAGCGCACGGGCGGGCAAUCUCAAGGACCCGGACGUGGCCGACCUCUUCUGCAGGGAUGACCCGGAAAAGCUCUUCGCCGACCUCAGGGAGAUCGGCCACGGCAGCUUUGGAGCCGUCUACUUUGCCCGAGACGUGCGCAACAAUGAGGUGGUUGCCAUCAAGAAAAUGUCGUACAGCGGCAAGCAGACGAACGAGAAGUGGCAGGAUAUCAUUAAAGAAGUAAAGUUCCUGCAGAAACUUCGCCAUCCAAACACCAUCGAGUAUCGAGGGUGUUAUCUGAAGGAACACACGGCAUGGUUGGUGAUGGAGUACUGUCUUGGAUCCGCCUCCGACCUCCUUGAAGUUCACAAAAAGCCUCUGCAGGAGGUGGAGAUUGCUGCUAUUACUCACGGAGCGCUGCAGGGGCUGGCCUACCUUCACUCUCACAACAUGAUCCACAGGGAUGUGAAAGCAGGAAACAUCCUGCUGACGGAGCCCGGUCAAGUCAAACUGGGCGACUUUGGCUCUGCCUCCAUUGUGGCCCCGGCCAACUCCUUCGUGGGGACACCCUACUGGAUGGCUCCAGAGGUGAUCCUGGCCAUGGACGAGGGCCAGUACGACGGCAAAGUCGAUGUGUGGUCGCUGGGCAUCACCUGCAUCGAGCUGGCGGAGAGAAAGCCCCCCCUGUUCAACAUGAACGCCAUGAGUGCCUUAUAUCACAUCGCUCAGAAUGAGAGCCCCGUCCUGCAGUCCAAUCACUGGUCCGAUUCCUUCCGCAACUUUGUGGACUCGUGUCUGCAGAAGAUUCCACAGGACCGGCCCACCUCCAAUGUGCUGCUCAAUCAUCGAUUCCUGUGCCGCGAGCGUCCACUGACGGUGGUCAUGGAUCUAAUCGCCCGCACCAAGGACGCCGUGCGCGAACUGGACAACUUGCAGUAUCGCAAGAUGAAGAAGAUCCUCUUCCAGGAGACGCAGCAGAACGGCCCCGUGUCAGAGGGAGCAGAGGACGAGGAGGAGGUGGAACAGUACCUGUUGCACACGGGCACGGUCAACAGCAUGGAGAGCUCGCAGUCGGUGCCCAGCAUGUCCAUCUCGGCCAGCUCCCAGAGCAGCUCUGUCAACAGCCUGGCGGACGCCUCGGACGACAGCAGCGGCGAGAUGGCCAUGAUGCAGGAGGGAGAGCACACGGUCACCUCCAACAGCUCUAUCAUACACCGACCGGCGGCCCAGGACAACAUCUACGAUGACCCUUACCAGCCGGAGCUGGAGCAGCCCCAGGCUCCCUCCGCAGGCCGCCGCAGAGUUUACUACCGCAACCGAGACCACUUUGCCACCAUCAGAACUGCCUCCUUGGUAACGCGGCAGAUACAGGAGCACGAGCAGGGCUCGGCGCUGCGGGAGCAGAUGUCGGGUUACAAGCGCAUGCGCAGGCAGCACCAGAAGCAGUUGAUGGGCCUGGAGAACAAGCUGAAGGCCGAGAUGGAUGAGCAUCAGCUCAAGCUGGACAAGGAGCUAGAGAACCAGAGGAACAGCUUCUCCUCGGAGGCCGACAAGCUGGUCAAGAAGCACCAGGCCAUCCUGGAGAAGGAGACCAAAGCUGCCCUGGCAGAGGAGAAGAAGUUCCAACAGCACAUUCUGGGCCAGCAGAAGAAAGAACUGACCAGCCUACUGGAGUCGCAGAAGCGUCAGUAUCGUCAGCGCAAGGACCAGCUGAAAGAGGAGCUGAACGAGAACCAGUCGACCCCCAAACGGGAAAAGCAGGAGUGGCUGAUCCGGCAGAAGGAGUGUCUGCAGCAGAUGCAGGCGGAGGAGGAGGCCAGUUUGCUCCGGCGGCAGAGGCAGUACUACGAGUUGCAGUGUCGUCAGUACAAGAGGAAAAUGCUGCUCGCUCGACACAACCUGGAGCAGGAUUUGCUCAGAGAGGACUUGAACAAGAAGCAGACACAGAAGGAUCUGGAGUGCGCCAUGCUGCUGCGCCACCACGAAUCCACUCAGGAGCUGGAAUUCCGGCAGCUGGGCUCAGUGCAACGCACCCGCGCCGAGCUGAUCCGAACACAGCACCAGACGGAGCUGACCAACCAGAUGGAGUACAACAAGCGGCGGGAGCAAGAACUGCGCCAGAAACACACCAUGGAGGUGCGGCAGCAGCCUAAAAGCCUUAAGUCGAAAGAGCUGCAGAUCAAGCGUCAGUUCCAGGAAACAUGCAAGAUCCAGACGCGUCAGUACAAAGCCUUGCGCAACCACCUCCUGGAGAGCACGCCCAAGUCGGACCACAAGGCCGUGCUCAAGCGCGUCAAGGAGGAGCAGACGCGCAAGCUGGCCAUCCUGGCCGAGCAGUACGACCACUCCAUCAACGACAUGCUGUCCACGCAGGCUGUGAGUAAGCUUCGACUGGACGAGACCCAGGAGGCGGAGUAUCAGGUGCUCCGCAUGCAACUGCAACAGGAACUGGAGCUGCUCAACGCCUACCAGAGCAAGAUCAAGAUGCACACGGACACGCAGCACGAGCGAGAGAUCAAGGAGCUGGAGCAGAGGGUGUCCAUACGCCGCGCGCUGCUCGAGCAACGGAUCGAGGAAGAGAUGCUGUCCCUGCAGAACGAGCGCUCCGAGCGUAUCCGGACGCUUCUGGAGCGCCAGGCUCACGAGAUCGAGGCUUUCGACUCGGAGAGCAUGCGUCUAGGCUUCAGCAACAUGGCGUUGAGCGGCAUCCCGGCCGAGGCCUACAACCAGGGCUACCCUGCCCCCAGCCCCUCUUCGGGCUCAGGGGGCUGGCCCUCGCGCCCCGUCCCCCGCUCGGGUAGCCACUGGAGCCACAGCGUGCAGAACUCUGUGGCCACGCCAUCCUGGCGCGGUCAGAACCACGGCAGCGGAGGCUUUGUCCGGACCGAGUCGACGGUGUCGUCGCACGGCUUCGGCAGGGACAGCGACCCCGUGAAGGGCGGCAGGGCAGCGUCUUCGUCCUCUGCGUCAUCGUCAUCAUCUUCCUCGAACCUCCGCCAACACCUGCACCAGCAGUCGCAACAGCAGCCCCCGCAGCCUCACUAUCUCCCCCAACACUACCAGCACCACCAGAGCACACCACACCUCUACCGUGACGAGCGAGAGCGCGCCAGGGAGUGGGUGGGGGGCAGCGGCCACUAUUCCCAUCAUUCCCAGGGCGGGCACUACCACCACCACCUGUCCUCCCACGCCUCCUCGCAGUCCCUGGCCCUGCUGCCGCCCACUCCUGCACCUCCGCCCGUGUCUCUGUCCUCCUCCCCUCCGUCCUCGGCCUCCUCGUCCUCAUCGUCUCAGGGGGGCUAUGGCGGCGGAGGGCUAGGGGUGCGUGGCCCCGGCCUGAUGCCACUCCGGAACAGCCCACAGCCUCUGCGUAGGACGGCCUCGGGUGGGCCAGCCAGCGGCGGAGGCGAUGGAGGACUGAGUCGGAGUACGUCAGUCACAUCGCACAUUUCCAAUGGCUCGCACCUGUCCUACUCGUGAAGAUUCUGCCCAGAGACUGUAGACUUUUCCUUUUCAAUUCCUUCACGUGUCGUUUGCAGUUUUUGUUGCACAAGAUCAAGUUUGACAUUUUGCUCUCAACGACGCGUGGCGCUUCCUCUCAGCUAGUGGUGCUUUUCAAAACCAACCCCACUCUGAAACUAGGCCAGGGGUGUCAAACAUACGGCCCGCGGGCCGAAACCGACCCCCAAGGAGGUUCGAUCCAGCCCGCGGGAUCAUUUAAAAGUGUAAAAAAUGCAUUAAAGACACAGAAUGAAUAUUUAAAAUAAAAUGUAAUUCGUGAAUUAUCCGCUAGGGGGCACACUGUUUUGAUCACAGUAGAAGACAAUAUUGUUUUGAUCGGGGAAGAAAACGGCAGUCUCUGUCAGCAGACCCAACGCAGCAAAUGAUAUGAAAGCGUCAAUCAAUGCUUCUUGAGACCAAAACAAAGGAAAGAGAUGAUAUUUUGGUCACAGUAUGGUACAAUGUUAAUGGUUCGGCCCACUUGACAUCUACCGAGUCCGUAUGUGGCCCACAAUGUGAAAAGAGUUUGACACCCCUGAACUAGGCUCUUCCGCCUCCUCUUUUGGUGUUCGAUGCUGUUGAGCAGACAUUGUGUCGACAGCCACAUCAACAAACCACUGCACGUGCCAGUCUUCCCUUCACCGCCACGUCGGCAAGUUAGCUUAGCACUCGCCCAGUCGCUUCGACUUGCAGUUAUCUUAGCCUAGCUGACCACAACGGCCAUAUUUUGCUGUUUAAAAAAAUGUUGCAGUUGCUCCAAGUUGUAGUUAGCUUAGUUUAGCUUUGUGUCUGCACCGUCCAGCGUAAACUAAGUUGUGAUUUGAUUUUUUUGUUUUCCUUUUUAAAAGUUAUUUUCAUAACUGAGACUUUUAACAAGGACGAGAGACAACACGCUUGUUUGCUUCGUUAGCAGACUUCCAUUACAUCCGCCACAUGACACAUUACAUUAGGACAUUACAUUACGCUGGGAUGACACCUUAGGUUUCGGUAUGUUAUGUUAUGACGCAUUGCGAUACACCAUGGCACAUGUUACAACAGGCUGAAGCCAAUUACGUCACAACACUUCAUACCACCACUUGUUCCGUUUUGACACGUUACAUUACGACAUAUCACGGCAUGUCUCGUUGCGACACUUUAGGUUUCGGCACGUUACUAUGCGAUGCCACACGUCAAGUUUUAUGGCAUGCUACAGCAUGAUAUGCUAUGACCUGUUUGGUUCCAACUUGUUGCAUUACAACACAUCUAGUUACGGUACUUUUAGACAUGUUACGUUGCUGCAUGUUCAGUUGCAGCACAAUGUGUCAAGUUCUGUAACGUUACAUCACGGCAACAUGUUAGAGCAUGUCAUGUUACAGUCUGUUACCACACCUCAACCCACCGUUGGGUAUUCCAAAAACUUGCGCCAUGCUCUUUUCCGAUCCAAGCUUCUGUUGAAUCUCAAUGUGAACGUUGCGGGUGCCCGUUAACCCGCCAUGUACAUAGUUGUACUAACUCAAAAAGCGUCUUAGUAAUCAUAAGGAUCCUUUUGUCAUGUGACCUAGACCAAUAGACGCUACUGCUGUCGUAUUUAUGUUGUAUGCCAUUUUUUAAUGCACAUUUUUAUUUCCCAAAUGUGACUGCCAAUAUUGACCACUCGCUGGAGAAGAAUAAGCGCAGUGCAGUGUUACUGUGAUACAACAACAUAUGAAGUACAUUUCCCAGCAUUCCUUGUUCUCAUGUCAGUAUUAGCAUGUGGAGCGUUCCCACAAUCCUUUGGUGCCAUGUUCAGCUUUACUUGAUUUCGUUUUGUGUGUGUGUGUGUGUGUGUGUGUGUGUGUGUGUGUGUGCGUGCGUGGAAGUGAGGGUGUGCGAGCGCGCACGCAUGGGUAGAACUGCGGAAGUAUCAUCAGGCCGCUUCUUCCCGCCGUGGCGAAGGAGCGCGACGGCCAUCUUUGGUUGUCACGUCUACCUCAUUUGCACUGAUGGUCAACAAAGAAUGUUGGGCUCUUCUCGGACGCGCCAGGAAACGGGCGUUGACUUGACGAACGAGCGACAUGUAACUUUUUGACUUGUUUUAGAGGGGGAGGGGGUUGGUGUAACGUUUCCUUUGGUGAGUUGAAAUUUGAAGAGGCACAAAGAAUAUAGGAAACAGGAAGCACGUUUGUCUUCUUGGGUCCCGUUAAAAGGGGCAAAGUUUGGGGAAACGAGGGGCUUACCAUGCGCUCCUCGUUUCCCUCAGGCGGGUGAUGUAAAGAUUAUUUUUCUAGUUUUGAAGUCAGGAAGUAAGAGUAACGUCAUUACAAACAUGUUUUAGCUCUUCACAAAUAUCAGGCUUUCUUUAAACAUAAAAGUGAAAAGAAGGGGGUAACAGUUGUACAGAAACGAAACAAAAUACUUUUGGACAAUAAACAAGCAUCAGUACAUAA